GCAUGGUAAGGGUGAGCUACUUUUCAAAAAAGAAAGUCACAGUGAAAUCGAAAGGAAACGUCGUGAACGAAUGAAGUUAGAAACAGAAUUUCUACACCGUCAAGUACCACAUUCACAAUGUAAAGAUAAAUUAUCCAUUUUUCUUGCUGGAGCCGAACGACUUAUUCAUUAUAACAAUAAAUUAGGAAAAAGGGAAUAUAUCAUCAAUGAUGAAGAGUAUUCGCGAAUUGUUAUCAAUACUAUUAAUGGAUUUGGUAUACAUGUCAAAUGUUCCAGUGGUGAAAUAUUAUAUGAAGAAAACUCUGAAAAAGUACUUGAUAUUCCUCAAAGUAGUUUUCUAGGCAAAACAAUUUAUGAUUUAGCUGAACCAAGUGUUAAUACAAAAAGAAUUAUCACUGAUAGCCUCAUGUUUUAUGGUUCAGAGAUGCAACAAGCAAGAGAUGGACACCUCAUUUCACGGAAUUUCAUCAUUGCCAUGCGUUGCGGAUCUGGUAUUCCAGUAAAAAAUUGUAUACGUGGUUCUGAUGGUCAACUGUAUCGAUUUAUAGAAUUCUGUGGGGAUAUUGUUUAUCAAAAUGAUAAUGAUUGUUCCGAAGCUUAUUAUUUAUUCCGUGGUGUCUGUCGCCCUUUGGAUAUAGCCUGUCCAACUGUUUCCGAUAAUUCAUCUGACAAACCCACGUCACCUAAUAAAACUAUCAGUUCUGAUCAUGUUACUUUACGCAUUGGAGUGAAUACUUUGUCAAUAACAGAAGUUGUUGGAAAUUCACUGUCAAUACUUGGUUGGGAUGCUAAAGAUUUGUUGGACAAACAUGUUGAAGAAUUUGUUACCAUUCCUGAACAAAAUAUUGUCACACACGCAAUACAAGAAACUGUUAAAAAUGGCUUAUCUACAAUAUUUAUUAAUUGGUUAAACCAUGGGAAAACAAAGUCAGUGUACUUGAAAGCUGUGUUUACAGCCAUCCAAUUGAAUACCUUUCUUUACUGUAUUAUCUGCAAGCUAUAUUCAACUGAAUUUCCUGCGUUAACUCAAUCCAAACCAGAACCACAGACACCGGUUUUCAAAUCACGAGAGUACUCAGAAUUACAAGUAACUAAUAACGAAACAAUUGCUCCAUUUGACUGGAACGAUUCAUUUAACUACAACACUACAACUAAAAUGAAAUCAACUGAAUUUUCAAUGGGAUCAUGUCAGCAUACAACUAACAACAGCAUUAACAAUACACCAAUCUGUAGACCUGAUACACUAAACAUUACAGAUGAACAUCAUAUUGAUCUAGCGAAAACCGAUGGGGAUGGACAUUUUCAUGUUUUGGAUAUUCCCUACAGACCUAUGCAGGAAACAAAUGGACAAUGUUCAGUAACUAGUAUAUCCAAUAAAAAUGACACAACGCAUAUUACUCCAUCUACAUGUACUUAUGGUGAACAUUUUGAAGCACUUCAACAUCCUAUUUUCUCUCUUGAUGCAGAUGACAUGAUUUCUGUUGAAACUAAUCAAACAAGUGACUCCAAAUACUUGCCAGAUAAUACAAAUGACUUAAAGUACAAUAAUAACGAUGGACAAGAUUGGCGCCAACUUCCAUUGAACACUAGUUUCAGUAGUAUGUUUUCCGAAAGUGGACUACCUGAACUAUUCAGUUCUGAUUAUAUAAAAGAUUUGAUUGAAGAAGAUGUAACCGACCUGUGAUAUGUUUUUUUUGUCUCAAUAAUUUCAAAACCUUUACUACCUAUGAAGUAUGUGCAAUCAUCCUUUUUUUAAUUUUAAAACUUGAUUAGAGAACAAUUAUUAUUUUUCAAACGACUGAUUUUACUGACUGCAUAAUUAUCCUCUGUACAACAUACAAAAAAUAUUCUUGUGAAGUGAAAAUUCAUUUCCUAAUAUAUUUUGUAUUAAAUGAUCUUGUGAAUGAUAUUUGCAAAUUAGUUAAAUGGAUUAAAAACAGACUAUAUGGACUAUCUUUACUACUGGUCUAUUGCCAUAUAAAUGUUACUGCCAGACUUGAAGAAGUAUGUUUAGUGCUCUUCUAAUUAUUUGACACAUGUAAUUACUGUAGAUUAAAAGGAUAAUGAUUCAUAGGCUCAAAUCUUUGAAACCAGUAGAACUUGGUGUAAAGGGGUUGAUUAACCAACAAGGUCAGGAGUAGACGAUGAACUUUCAGAAUCACUGAGAGUGUGACACAUGGAAUAGAAGUUGGAUUAGUCUCGAUGGUCUUACUGGUACGCAAGCUUGACUGUUAAGCUUAAGGGAAGACUCGUUCACGUCAGUCAAGCACAAAAUGCUGAUGAACACUUAUUUGAUUCUGAACCACUAAAAAGCGACCAUGGUCUUUCCAUUUAUCCCUCAUAAUAUAUGUGGCAAACACCAACAAUCUUACAGAAAUUAUAAGUCGGAAACUCAUCCAGUUCAUGGGGAUUGAACACUGAAAUCUUUCCGCAGUAAUUUUAAGUCUCGAUAAAUACCUUGGAUAACAGGUCGGCCUGUACUUUCCAAUUAAGUUCUACUUUUAGCCAAGAUUUCAAAAAUAUUUCCUACAGUUCUUAUGGAAUUUUUCGAUAGUGUAAAGUGCACAUCAUACGGAUAAAUGUUACCUCUGAACACAAAGACCAAUAGUUUUAUAUAUCAAAACUAGAGUGACUGGCUUAUGGACAAAAAGACAUCAUUAAAUUAACAAAGAUUAAAAAAGAGUCACGACAUUAGGUGUGGUUCGCAUAAAUAUAUCUACAGAAUAACCUAUUCUGUUUCAUCCAAAGUUUAAUAAAGACGAAUCAUACCGCCGUUAAAUGCUUAGGAGGAACUGAAGCCUUCCACAUCACUAAGAUUGGUGCAAUCUAGUUGCACAAAAUGGGGGACGAAUUUAUCUGUUGCUAAAAACCUUGAUUACAGCACCCAGAAGUGUACAAGAGGAUGUUUUUAGAGGUUCAUUUCCAUAUAGGAUGAAAAAGACAACAUUAUUGAGAAUCCAAGUGACCUAAAUUAACCUACUACUGCUGAUUUGCUUUAGAAGUGUUUAAGACACAAGCAAUUAUUCACACUGCACUAAAAGCUGGUUUUGUUUUAAUUCAUACACCCUUAGCCACAACCAACUUUAACCCACAAUGUUAACUGACAAAUGAUUAAGCUGAAUACCUCCCGGAUGUAACUUGCGCAAUAUUUGGAGACACUGGGGAACAAAAUUUGAAAUAGGUUGGAGUGGUACAGUAGCAAUAAUUUCAUUUCACUCUAAAUUUCAAGUCUAUUGUUAUCCUAAACUUUCCACCUCUAAAUCUGAUUUGCUUCUUUUGAAAUAAUUCAUUACAUUUAGCUUUCAACUGCAAAUGGUAUUAUCUCUUCUCUUCUUAUUCCCAUCUGGUCAACCUCCUAUCAUUGUGCUGAUAUGAAAUGAAGUCAUUUAGACUGUUAUAUAUUCAUUGUCUAAGACUGACCAGAAUGUGGGUACUUUGAAAAAUAUGGACAAAAAUAAGCAAAAAUGAAAAGUCGGCAACUGUUAAACCACCUUGCCUGAAGCAUUUAAAUUUUACUGUUUUCAACAAACACGCUUCUGUUUAAAAUAAACCGUUGAGUGUGAUGCAGACCUAAACAUACUAGAUAUACUCUAAUUGCAUUUACAUGCUUAGGUUGGACACAUGCGACUUAAGCGAAGUUUUUCUGUAAAUUACUAACCAUAUCGGAGUGUGAAUAUGUAUUAUAUAAACAGUUGUUUGCCCGGUACUACAAUUCUUCUGGUUUGAGUGUGAUAGUAGCAGGAUCUAUCCCCACUUUACUUAAUAUUUCUUGUUCAGUUGUUUUUUCUCCAGAAAAAGAAGUCAGUUCUUGUAGUGCCUUCCAAGCUGCUUUUUUCCAUUUGUUUGUAACUGUUUCUAAAUUUACCAUUUCAUUCUAAAAUAAAUCAGUGGUUGUAACUUACCUCACUAUCGUAUCGACACAACAGUUGUAGCUUUCUUAAUACUUCUUUCUCAUCAUCGCCUGAUAUCCCUCUAAUUCUUGGAUUAACGUACUAAAAAUAAGUUGAAUAUAUGUAAGUGAUUACUGGUUGCUUUUUCGCACUCGUCAUAUUUUGGUCACAUGUGUGAUUAACAGAUUUAGACUGAUUUCUAAAUGGAGGAAAAGUGUACAGAAGAUGACUUUAUACUACUCACAUGAAUUUAAUGUAAUACUUAAACUAUUCAUAUUACACAAACACCGAGGUCAUUACGAUAGUUUUUUGAAAUAAAAGUGAUUUUAUGUAUGCUUAUCAUAUUUGCAUCGACAUAGUGCUUGGGCAUGGUUUAUGAACUUAUUCAGACUUCAUUUAAUUAUUUCUUUGAUUUGUUUCUCCCUUGUUUGUUCAUGUCAGUGGCUAUUUCAUUAUUUUCUGGAGAAUUGUUGUUCUUCAAGUACAUGGUGCUGUGGGCUAGUGGGACCCCGCCCCAUGAACUAAAGCGAGGGGCUAGUUGACGAUAAGACUGGUCACAUGCUCUGUUGAUUACAAAGCAAAAUUUGGCUUAUGAAAUGUCAGAGGAUGGUCCCAAGUAGCCUAUAGGAAGCAAUGCGUGACAAAAUAAUUACAAGAUAAAAUACAGUAAUCGGACCUAGAGACUAAACUAAAGCAAAAUAAAAUCCAUAUAUGGUACGUUGAAGACCAAAACCCAACCACUAAAAUGAAGAGAAUUAUUCAGAGUCAAAUAGACAACGGAAAUAAUCACAAAACGUCGGAUGCGCCAACUACAACUGUGCAUGGAUUCACUGAAAGCAACUUUCUCCCAACUAUUUGAAACACUCAUCCAAAAAAAGAUUCAAUAGAAAUAAUAAAUAUGAGCAAACGAUUUAUAAGACUAGGCUAAAUGUACGAAUAAAGACUGUGAUAGAAUGCUUGCAACAAUGAACAAGCAUUUCGGAAACUAUCACGCAUCAGCCUAAUUAAUAAUCAUAAACCUGGACAAACACAAAUGUUCGCUCAUUGACUACUUUAAAAUCUUUAGAACAAAAGCACAUCCAAACGUCCCACAUCCAAUACGAACAAAUCGGAACGCUUCAAACAGCACACGCAAAUCCAAAGACCAAAGUAAAUGAACAAUCGAACUAACCACAUAAUAACACUGAAUAUCAGUCCUCAUCCAGAGACUGAUAUGGAAAGGAGUUAUCAGCCAUUGUUAUACACCGUACAAAUGAUCGGGAAUUAUCGGACAGGGAACAAGACAGAAGCAACUGGCGCAUAUGUAGUUGUGCUGUUUCAUCAGUGAAACCCUUCAGAAAGGCAACUAGUUUCGCUAAUACCAAAAGGACUGGAAAUUAAACGACCAUAUUGCUCUACUUACAUCCUGGAUGUUGGGUAAGGGAAUGGUACACAGAUAACUCGUGGCAAGACUUCAUAAACGGCUUCGUUGCACGAACUUAUCAAUAAUUAGGCCCACCGAAGUCGCCUACAUAAAUUCGAACAGGAUUUCGGACAGUUAAAUGGGAAUUUACUAGCCUACCAUCUGAAGGUUUACUAUAGUAAGGUUAAUUCAGCAUAACAUUAUUUUAGUUUUGCAUGAUCCUGUGUUAGUUUUUAUGUUUUUUUCUGUUGUUUCACUAUCUCCACAGAUUAUUUGGAUGUUAUUUUCGCAUACAGUAUGAUUGUUAUGCCUCUGUAACUUAAUAUGUCAGUUCUGCAGAGUAGGUAGCCCGGGAUUCGCACUUAGAUACCACUUAUCUCUUAAGGGAGCCAGGUUUCUGAGAUAAGUUUUCAAUCCCUAGCUUUAUUGUUGAGUUUGUGACUAGUGAGUUACGUUUAGUUUCGACUACAAAGACACCAGGCAGGUUCAAAUUUUCCAUUUUUGUUUAUCUCUAGGUUGCCUUACAAAAUGUUGAAGUGGAUUCCCAAGGUUUGCACAUGUUUCCAGGCUGUAAUUUCCGCUGUGCAGUGGACUUUAAGACUACGGUUGUCAUUGCAUGAUUGUUUACAAUAUGCAUAGUAGAUUAUCUGUCAAAGACUUUACACUAGCUAGAUUAUGUUUAGACGUAGUUUGGGAUUUGUUUAUGAGUGUUUCCGACUUGCGGAAGAUAAAUAAAUCAAGUUUUUGCUGUGUGCAUGUUUAAGAAGACAGCUUUUUAAACGCACCAACUGGUGGAGCCAAUAAUAAUUGUUCAAGUGGGGAGUUUCGGUCGAUGACUGUCUGAUACAUCACAUCGAACAUUUCUUACAUAUCGGAAAAGCCAAUUCCAACUUUAUUAUUCACCAGCCGUUUCUAGAAAUUUCUUAAGACCUAGAAGAACGUAAUUACUAACCACCAAAGACGAUUUUUAUCAUGAUGAGUUGACUGAGCUCAUUUAUUUUGUGUUGAUAAUUAUCCCUAUAGACCUUAAAAGAGUAAAGGUUUCCAGACCAGAAACAUUCCAUGAACAUACAAACUAUUUGGUUUUAAUCAGCAUCAUAUUACAAUAUACUCUUUUUCCUCAAUACAUCAUUGUCAAAUUAGUGGAUUGCAUCUGACCUAAAGGUACUUUGGGUGCUGAAGGUGAAUGGUGUCAGUGAAGAGAACUCGGGAAACAUGAGGAAAAGUGAGCCAGUGGAUCAGUAUGCACAUAAGACGGGCUAACAUCAUAUAUUUAAAGCGACCGAUAAAAAUUUUUAAUAUUAUGGGACUAACAGUAAAACAACAACAAGAGGAUCACGUCUAGAUCGAAAGUCCUUAGUGUGUUGAGGUUGUGAGUGGCAGUAUAUGGAAGUAUUUAGGAAAGAGAAGAACGUUGAGACUAUAAAUUAGACGAAACAAAGAGAUUUCAAAUAGAAAUUACUGGAUUUUGGAGCAAGACUCACUAGCUAAGUCCAGACAUGGACUAGUCCAUACGCCUAUAUAGCAUUUUGGCAUCACAACUAAUGUAAGAUCAUCAUUUUAACAGUAACUUUAAUUCGCAACCCCGAAGUAAUACCAUACAUCCUGGCCCUAAACUCUCAACAGUAGCAAGUAGGUCACUUUCGAAGCACACAAGGUUGUUCGUGAACGACAAUCUAACCAAAAAAUAAGGGAUAAAUUUAGUCGACAACCUUACAAGCACACAAAAUGAAAAUAAUUAAAGAUGACACAUUCAUGAGGUUAAGACAACCUGAUAAGCAAAACCAGAUAUCAGUAACGUGAGGUUUCGAACAACUUCAAA